UAGUGUGGCUGAUCGAAUGAUGGUGUCUAGUGUGUUUGUUGUUAUUUUAGUUAUUGACGUGGGUGGCGUGCGUUCAAACACAAAAUGGUGCAGAAAACAAUGUGUUGACUGACAUCAGUACUAAUACCGCAUAACAAAUGUCAGUGAAAUUGAUACGUAGACUCCUUUUAAAACGACACGGAAGAUGGCAUUCGUGAAACACAAGUGUUUAUAGAGGAUGAUGAAGAUUUCAUAAUAAUAUUGUACAUAGCCAGUGGAGUUUACCAUGGCUCAUUCUGGAAGUUCAGAUCAUUCGACAAGUUUUCCAGCGCCGAUUUGGGCGCCAUCAAUUCCACCUCCACCCUAUGUUCCAUCGGAAUGGGCAACAUCAGAGGCCGCAGUGUUCCAGCCUGCUGUAAACACGCUAUUUUCUUUUCCACCUUGCAGCAACGCUCCACCUCCACCAGUACCGCCAUGUCCUCCACAUCAGCAGGUGACGAUACCCUUCAAUAAUCCUGUAAACCAAGUUCCACCUCCUGGCGCUCCUUACCGUACUUACAGUCAAGCACAUGGACAGCAAGAUGGAGAUUGUAAUCGCUUCAUUAGUUGUCAGAACCAGAAGAUAGAAGGAAACUCUCAGUCUGUGUAUGUGCCACCGUAUCCACCACCAGUACCACCAGGAACUUCAAGUAUUUCAGUGUCAUAUCCUGCAAAUUUUUCUCAGGUUAGUAAUGUACAGAGUAAUUCUCAGUGGUCAAAUGAUGUUCCAGUUCCAGUAAAUCCCUGGUACAGUAAGGAUCUUCCUCAGAAUUCUGUUUUAAACUGUUAUGGUAUUAAUGACUCUGGUUCCCACCAAAAUUUGCCUUUUGGACCAGAUGCGACGAAGGCAUGGGGGUUACUUCCCAAAUCGUUGGGCAAAAAUCCACACAUUAACAGUGAAGCAGAGAAAAGUAAUCGUAGGGAACGCCGUCAUUCUCCAGGGAGAUCAGAUCGUAGUAAGCCAGAGAGGAGAAACAAUCGUGAUGAAAACAGUGAAAGGCGACGAACUCGUGAAAGAAGUGUAUCCAGUCACCCUAGUCCGCGCAGAAAACGAUCCUAUAGUCCCGAUCGUUCAAAUAAAAGGCGUAGUCGAGAAAGGUCCCACAGUCGUAAAUAUGAUAAGCGAACUAGUGAACCUGACUAUAGAUCUGGAUCUUCAUCUAGUGACUGGCUGUCGAAGCGCAGUGAUAGAAGUAGGCACCACCCUCACAGAGAAAGCAGCCGACAUUCGAAGUCACCAGACAAACGCUUAUCAAAUAGGUCGCAAAGGCGAUAUUCAAAAAGUCCUGGGAGAAAACGAAGUGUGGAUAGGAGGCCUAGCGAUAACCCAGUCAUUAAUUCUAGUGAGAAAGAACUCAGUGUGUCAGUUUUGUGCAGCAGUACGGAAGAGUCAGCCAGAAGAUCAUGUUCCCCGAAGUCAGACAACAAGCAGGAGAAAUCGAAAGAAAAAAUCAAGAAAGUAUAUUCGGAAAGAGAUGCUCUUUUACGGAAGUGGAGGCAGAAUUAUUGCUCCAACAUUGCAGAAAUGCAAAUGAAGCUGGAAGAGUUAUCCAAGUUGAAACCUGAACAAAUACUGGAACAUGAGAAAAAAGUGUGGACACGCUCAGCACCAGCUGAUCUUUAUUAUGCAAGAGAUGAAAAUAAUGUAAAAGUUAUGAGAGCCACUCCAAAACUGACAGCCUUGUGUGACAAAUUUGAAGAUGAGAUUGUGAAGAGGGCACAAAAAGUGAGAGAGUCUCAGCCACCUUAUGAACCACCACCACGGAAAAAGAGGCUGCGCUUGGCCAAGCACAAGUCUGAAAUACGUGACUCAAGUUGCAGCUCUAGUGAAGAAAGUUCAACUGAUGAAGAAGAUUGCACAAUGGAAGAACUAGAAAGAAAGAGGCUACAUCCAUAUCGUUUGCACCCAGAAAUGUGGUUCAAUGAUCCAGGAGAGAUGAAUGACGGUCCCUUGUGCCGGUGCAGUGCAAAAGCUCGACGAAGUGGUAUACGACAUGGAAUAUAUGCUGGUGAAAGUCACUUACUGAAAUGUGAUAUAAAUACAAAUAAUGCUGAUCGACUUUACCAUUAUCAUAUUACUAUAUCUCCACCAACAAAUUUUUUGACUAAAACGCCAACAAUCAUUAAACAUGAUGAACAUGAGUUUAUUUUUGAAGGCUUCUCAAUGUUUUCUCACUUUCCUUUGCACAAGCUACCUACAUGUAAAGUUAUUCGCUUCAAUAUUGAAUACACUAUUCUUUACAUUGAGGAAAAGCUUCCUGAGAACUUUACAAUACGAGAGCUGGAUCUUUUUUAUACAUAUCUCUUUAAGGAGAUACUGGAACUUGUAGACAUGGAUUUUCAUGCCCAUUCUGAUUCAUCUGGCUGUGCUCAAUUCCACUUUAUGCCAAGAUUUGUGCGAGAUCUGCCAGAUAAUGGAAAAGAAAUAUUAUCAAUGAAUGAAGUGCUGAUAUAUCUUAUGAAUAACAGUCAUCCGCUCAUAGAAGAUGAGAAGUUAGAGAAAUUGCUUAGUAUGUCUCAGUACAAGUGGCAGAAUUUUGCUGAUGAAGUGAAAGGUAUGGUUGUAACAUAUCCUGGUAUGAAACCAUGCUCCGUAAGAGUUGACCAACUAGACAGGGACCAGCACAAGAAAGCUACUCCAUCUUACCCAGAGAUAGUGCAUUUUGGAAUAAGACCUCCACAGCUCAGUUAUGCAGGAAAUCCUGAAUAUCAGAAAGCUUGGAGGGAGUAUGUAAAGUUUCGCCAUCUUUUGGCUAACAUGCCCAAGCCUUCUUUUGAGGAUAAACGAAAACUUGAAGCCAAAGAAAAUAGAUUGCAGGAGAUGCGUACUCAAAGCAAAAUGAAGAGAGAUGUUACAGUAGCUGUUUCUUCUAAAGGUUUCCAUAGGACUGGCAUCAUGUGUGAUAUCAUACAGCAUGCCAUGUUGAUUCCAGUGCUUGUGUGUCAUUUGCGGUUUCAUAGAUCAUGUGAUGUGCUGGAGGAAAGUAUUGGCUAUAAAUUUGAAAAUAGGUUCCUACUUCAGCUAGCUUUAACACAUCCUUCAUAUAGAGAAAAUUUUGGUACAAAUCCAGACCAUGCUCGAAAUUCCUUAACAAACUGCGGCAUAAGGCAGCCAGAAUAUGGAGACAGAAGAAUACAUUACAUGAAUACACGUAAGAGAGGAGAGAACUCCUUACAAACUGAUGGGCAGCCCUUAAGUGGUUCUCCAUCCACCUCCACAGUGGAACAUAAUGCAACACGCUCCUCCCCAGACUAUGUUAAAACACAGCAAUGCUCAAGUAAUAAAAGGAAGAGCCCUGAAAGAGGGAUUAAUACACUCAUCAAUAUUAUGUCACGUUUUGGGAAAAAGACAGAAACUGAGUCAAAUAUUACUCACAAUGAAAGGCUGGAAUUCUUGGGUGAUGCUGUAGUGGAAUUUUUGUCCUCUAUUCAUCUGUUCCACAUGUUUCCUGACUUAGAAGAAGGAGGACUGGCAACUUACAGAGCAGCUAUAGUCCAGAACCAGCACCUUGCUGUUUUGGCAAAGACUCUUAAAUUGGAGGAUUAUAUGCUGUAUGCCCAUGGUUCUGACCUGUGUCAUGAUUUGGAGCUUAGACAUGCUAUGGCUAACUGCUUUGAAGCCUUAAUGGGGGCCCUGUUUCUGGAUGGAGGAAUUGGAGUGGCAGACAAGGUAUUUUCAGAAACAUUAUUUAAGGAAGAUCUGGAUUUGUUAGAUGUGUGGGUGAACUAUCCUCCACAUCCUCUGCAAGAACAAGAGCCAAUGGGGGAUAGAAAGUGGAUACCAGCUUUUGAGCUUUUGCAAAAACUGACAAAAUUUGAAGAAUCUAUUGGAGUUGAAUUUAAACACAUAAGGCUCCUGGCUCGAGCAUUUACGGACCGAAGCAUUGGUUACACCAACUUGACACUGGGUUCAAAUCAGAGGCUUGAGUUCCUUGGAGAUACUGUCCUGCAGUUAAUUGCUUCAGAGUAUUUGUACAAAUACUUUCCUGAACACCAUGAAGGUCAUUUGUCUCUUCUCCGCAGUUCACUCGUGAACAACAGAACUCAGGCAGUAGUAUGUGACGAUUUGGGCAUGACAAGUUAUGCCCUCUAUUCUAAUCCAAAGGCUGAAUUGAAGACAAAGGACAGAGCUGAUCUGCUGGAAGCGUUCCUUGGUGCCCUUUACGUUGAUAAGGGGCUUCAGUACUGCCAAGUGUUUUGCCAUGUGUGUUUCUUUCCUCGUCUGCAAGACUUCAUUAUGAACCAGGACUGGAAUGAUCCAAAGUCUAAGCUACAACAGUGUUGUCUCACCUUACGCACCAUGGAGGGAGGGGAGCCUGAUAUUCCUCUUUACAAAGUAAUUGAAUGCAAAGGCCCAACUAAUACUCGAGUUUAUACAGUAGCUGUUUAUUUUCGAGGCGAGCGGCUUGCCAAGGCUUCUGGACAUAGUAUUCAACAGGCUGAGAUGAGUGCAGCCAAAGAGGCUUUGGAGCUUUCACAUGGGCUGUUCCCACAGUUGGACCAUCAGAAACGGGUUAUUGCUAAAAGCAUGAAAAGACAAACUUGGCCCAAGCGCGCCUCAAUGCCACACAAAUCAAGAGCUUCUCGUACUCCAUCUGAAGGAAACAGGCGCCUGAGUGCAGAUCGAACUCCACGAAAGGAAUAAUGUAUGUUUGAAUCAUUUGCUUGUGACUACUCAAGAUAACCAACAAAAAGUCGCUUGUCGGUGUUAUUUUAUAAAAAACGUAUCAUGUUCACCAUUGACCUCUGUUUAAAGUGAGUCAUAUAUUAUUGUCGGGUAUUGUACAUAUGUUUCUGUAAAGUAAAGUGUGGCGAUCAUAGUGAGUCAUGUAUUCUGGUUGAGUAGUGUACAUAUAUUUCUUUAAAGUAAGAUGUGUAAGUCACAGUGCACAUAAUAAUAUCCAGAAAACUAGACUGAUGCAUUCAAAAUGUGAUAUGUUAACAUGCAACACUGCCUGACAUUAUCCUCUUCUGUCUUAAGGGAGAAAACCUACAAUGUUAAUAAAACAAAUAAUGCCUGUUUAAAAGAGCUGUGACCUUUGUACUUGAUGUGGUUGUAAAGAAGUCAAUGAAAUGUUGUUUGUUGUUU